UAUUCAAUCAUCUCAUGCACUUUUGGUGGUUGGGUUAGAACACAAAUUCACGGUUUUUCUUCAACUUUUUGUGAAAAUAACACAUAAUUUAACUGUAACAACACUUCUAUUUAACAUUUAAGGAUAUAAAUUAGUUACGCAAGAUGCUAGCUGGGUGGAUUUUGCGACGACAGUUUCACAUUGCCAGUGGUUUAUGGUCAACACAACCAUCAUCAGUUCUGGCUACUCUUCGAAAAAAGACUGGUUAUACAUUUGCAAACUGCAAGAAAGCUCUGGAAGUAAAUAAUAAUGAUGUUGUUAAGGCUGAAGCAUGGUUAAAAGAACAAGCCCAAAGCAUGGGCUGGACAAAAGCGACAAAACUCCAAGGACGACAAACGACGCAGGGAUUAAUUGGCGUCUUAAGCAAAAAUAAUAUUGCUGCAAUGGUGGAACUCAACUGUGAGACUGACUUUGUUGCAAGAAAUGAACACUUUCAAACUAUGGUGGAUACUGUAGCAAAUGCCUGCUUACAAAAAGCAAGUGAACAAAAUGUAGCUGGAAAUUUAGUUCAGUUGCAUUUGGAUGCUGAUGACUUGAAAUCACUCAAGUUAUCCGAUGGUAAAACACUUGCGGACCAUUUGGCACUGAUGAUCGGCACGGUUGGCGAGAACGCGUCACUGCGUCGCGCACUAAUUUACAAAUCCAACGACACACUGCACUUAUCCUCUUAUGCGCAUCCUUCGGGCGUUGCAAAGAACGAAACUCAACUUGGAAAGUUUGGCGGACUCGUGGCUUUGACGAAAACACCAACACCGGAGGCCACAGAAGACCUAGGAAAGAAACUCUGCCAGCAUAUUGUUGGCAUGCAUCCAAACAAGCUGGGCACAGAAAACGACGAGCCUGCAAAAGACGUCGAUGAUGAGAAGUGUCUCAUCUACCAGGAGUACUUGCUAGAUGAUAGCCUACUGGUCGGCGAAGUCCUCAAAGAGAACGGCGUUGAAAUCGUAGAGUUUAAGCGGUUUGAGUGUGGUGAGGAACCAGCGAAUUCACAAGCGUUAGAUUCGGUUGAAACAUGCCAGUAGAAAGAAAAUUUAUUAUGUUAUAUGUUGUCAAUUGUUUAUAAAUACUGGUAAAUUAACAUUAUCGUA